AAUGUGUAUUGCAAUAGUAUCGGUUCCAUGAAAUAUAUUGAGAUACUCAUCCAGCUGUUGCCGGAAGUCGUUUAAUAUUUAUUUUCUUUAUCAGCUUCAUAAUAUUUUGAUUAACAUCGUCCGCAAAACAAAGACUUGCAUGUUUUAAAAAUAUAUUUUCGCUUCAUAGCUCUUUUUAUUUCAAGUUAUUCUUUGUUACGAUGUUUAUGUUUAACAUCUCUAACAUUAAAUCUCAUUCGUUUCUUUAAAUUUCAUUUAAUCAUCGUAAUAAUAUGAGCAAUAAUAAUUAUUGGCCACGUGGUUAUUAUUAUUUUCACAAAAUUAUAUUGUUUUCUUAUUAUUGAUGUCUGUAAAAACAGUACAUUCUGAUGGAUAAAGAAGAAUUUUUCAACGUUAAUUUUUCUAUUUUAUUUAAUCGCCAUUCAAGUGGCAGUGGUGAUGAGCUGAAUUUUGAAGAUGUGUCUGCGGACAACGAAGUACAGUCUUCACCCAGAUCUCCUGGUUGCUCCCCCCUCGCUUCUCCUCAUCGAAAGAAAAGGGAGCGAACCUGGUCAUCUUCAAAAUCUGCCACCCGAGAACCUGUUCUCAGAACAAGGCAAAGAACAAUUUAUACGGCUGGAAGACCACCUUGGUAUGACACUCAUGGACAGCUUGUUGAACCUUUUGUAAUAGGUAUUUGUGGAGGCAGCGCUUCAGGUAAAACCACAGUUGCACGUAAAGUUAUAGAAGCUUUAGAUGUACCCUGGGUUACGCUUCUCAGUAUGGAUUCAUUUUAUAAAGUUUUAGAUGAAGAAAAACAUAAAUUAGCCAAACAAAAUAAUUAUAAUUUUGAUCACCCUGAUGCUUUUGAUUUCGAUCUUCUGAUUGAAACUGUAAGGAAGUUAAAAGAAGGAAAAAGCGUAGAUGUUCCUAUCUAUAAUUUUGUGUCACAUUCCAGAGAGAAAAGAAUGAAAACAAUGUAUGGUGCUAAUGUUAUCAUAUUUGAAGGAAUACUUAUUUUUGCCAACAAACAACUAGUCGAAAUGAUGGACAUGAAAGUGUUUAUAGAAACUGAUUCAGAUAUUCGUUUGGCGAGACGGCUGCAACGUGACAUCAUGGAAAGAGGUCGAGACUUGGAAGGUGUAUUAAAACAAUAUGAGAAAUUUGUAAAACCAGCCUUUGAUUAUUACAUCGCACCUACAGUUGUUCACGCUGAUCUCAUUGUUCCUAGAGGUGGUGAAAAUGAAAUAGCUAUAUCCUUAAUUGUUCAACAUGUGCAUACACAACUACAAUUGAGAGGCCUUAAGUUGAGAUCUAAACUAGCUGAAAGUCAUAGUGACCAGCCUUUGCCUGAAGCUCUCCAAAUUCUUCCGUCCACAUCACAAAUAAAGGGUCUCUAUACUUUCAUUAGGGACAAGAAUACUUCUAGGGAUGAAUUUAUUUUUUACUCCAAGCGACUUAUGAGGCUUCUUAUAGAAUAUUCAUUAUCUUUGCUGCCUUUCAAACCUAUCAUAGUUGAAACACCUCAAGGAGUACCGUAUCAGGGAAAACGUAUAGCUACUGAAAAGAUUUGUGGUGUAUCUAUUUUACGUGCUGGUGAAACUAUGGAACAAGCACUUUGUGAUGUACUUAAAGACGUCAGAUUAGGAAAAAUUCUAAUUCAGACAAACCAAGUAACUGGAGAGCCUGAACUCUAUUAUUUGCGUUUACCCAAAGACAUCAAGGAUUAUUUCAUCAUAUUGAUGGACGCCACUGUUGCAACAGGUGCUGCUGCUAUGAUGGCUAUCAGAGUGCUUCUAGACCAUUGUGUCCCCGAAGAAAAUAUUAUGCUUUGUUCCUUAUUAAUGGCUGAAUCCGGUGUUCACACCAUAGCGUAUGCUUUUCCAAAAGUGAAAAUUGUUACUUCAGAAGUUGAUCCUGAAGUUAAUGAUAGGUUUUAUAUCAUGCCAGGAAUAGGAAAUUUUGGAGACAGAUACUUUGGAACUGAAGUAUUUUAAUGACAGAAAUGAAAGAUAUAUUUAUUUAGGCAUUUACCAAACUUUAUGACCAUUUGACUACUUUUUUUCUUUUCUAAAAAGUUUUACCUGUUUCCGAAGGACAGGUCAACAUUUUAAGUAACUUAAGAGUAUUUUAAGCCAUAAAUUAUUUUCAUUUUAAUUGAUCUAAUUGCUAUGAAUUUGUUAGUGUAAGUGAAAUAAUUUUUUAGUAUCUUUGUAAAAUUUACUUUUUUGUUAGUUGUGUUAAAAAUUGAAUCAAAAAUCCUCCUUUAAGUAUGUAUUUUAAAGACGUGUAAGUUAAAGCACUGAAAAUAAUGAGUUAUAAAUUAAAAAUAUUUUUAUUUCAAGAGUUGUAAUAUAAAAAUAUUCUUUAUUAAAUUCUGAAAUUUCUGUAAGAAGCAGAUUUCCUAUUAAAAAUUAGUUAAAAAGAGCUGUCAAAUAAUUUAAAUGUCUCUGCUUAAAAUUGAUACAAAAUGUUCUACAAUGAUCAUUCUUAUUAUAUAAUUUUAGAAUCCAUCUCUAAAUUUAACUCAAAAAAGCGUAUACAUCAGGGUGGUGGGGAAACAAAGUUUUUCAUAAUGAAAAAGUACUACCUCUCAGAAGUUUAAUAUGGGCUAGUAUAUCACUCAUGAAUUUUUUCAGAUUUUUUUAUGUAUCAUUUUCAUUGCCCGCAAGAGCCUUAAAAUAUUAAAAAAUUUUCAAAAAACAACAAACUUUUGUAAAUUUUUCACCAAACUGUCUUGUAAAAACAAUUUACCACUCAACAGUUGUGUGUUUAAUGAAAUAUUAUUUGUGAGUUUUUUUAGUAUUUUUUAACUAUAUUUUCACUUUUUGCAAUAUCUGUAAAAAUUAUACAAGUACAAAAUUUAAAAAAAAUACCAAAUUCUAAAAAAUUCUCAGAUGAAAAUAAAAUACCUUGCAAACGUGUAUUUACUGAAAUAUUAUUCAUGAAUUGUUUUGAUAUUUUUCUGGUUCCUCUUUGCUCAGUAAUGUCUAUGAACUCUUGAGGGUUUUUAUUUUUUUAGCUUUUUUCAUAUUACUAAUACUAUUGUGAGGUUUAUAAAAUUACAAUUAAAAAUAAGUAAGUGAGAGAAAACUAAAGAGUACACCAUAACUUCACAAAAGUAGCAUUGAUGACUGAUUUACGUUUGAUAUAAAAUCACAGGAAAGUUCAACUAAUGCGAUGUUUUUUAAUGACUAAAUUUUAAUUUUGCGGGAAACGUUGGUGCAUGAAAAUUCUGGAAAAUUUCACAAUUGAUAUACUAAUCCAUAUACAACUUUUGGAAGAUAGUGUUUUUCGAUUAUAGAAAUCUUUUUUUUCUGCUCCACCCUAAUAAACAUUCAAUAUUUACGCUAAGAAAAAAAAAUGCUAUUUUAAUCUAAGGAAUCACUCCUGAAGAAAGCAGGACAGAACAUCAAAAAAUAUUUGAUUGUCAGAGAAAACUGAAGUUGAAAGUCCAUUAUUCAAAGUGUUUCCAAAUUUCUUUAGACCAUCAAACUUGUUUAUAUGUUUUUUAUCUUGCUUUCUUCAGUAGUGAUUCUACUGAUUUAUAUAGAAUUUUUGCUUCUUAGCUUAAAUAUUAAAUUUGUGAUCCCACAAUGUGCAUAAUAUUUUACUUUUUUUCUUCUAAAUAUUUUAAAAGUAUGUAACAAGGGUGGAUCUUAUUGAACACUGUUAAUGCAGACUGCAAUUUGAAUCUUGUGAAAAAAUAUAUGAAAAAAAAAAAUAAACUUUUUGAUUUUUAAAGAAAAUUUAUCAAGUAUUUGACGCCUGCUUGAGAAUUCCUAGUAAUUUCAUAGUGAUGCUUUAAUACGUUUGUUUUAUAUCAUCUUAUUUCUUAAAAAUUUAAUUACAUUUAUCUUUCAAAAAUCUAGUAAACACGAGCUUAUUUUUCAUUUUUGUCAAUUAUGAAUUGAAGUUUACUUCUUAGUGUAAUGUCCAUUACAAAUUGAUUGCUUUUAUACUUUUGUUAUAGCACUAUUUGUUUUGCCGUUUUUAUAGCACUUAUCUGAAAUUAUUUGUGUUCAGUAUUAAAGUUGUGAUAUAGAAAAUUUAAGUUUUUUUUUCUCCGUCUGUUUCAUUGAAAACAAAAUAUAUUCUUGUUUUAAUUGAUUGAAAAAUGUACAGAACAAACAUGUGAAUACUGUGAAAAAUAAAAAAUAAAAUCUUUCACAUUGAA